AUGGCGCGCUCUCAGUCAAAGUCACGGCCGGGGAGCAGCGAGCAGGACAUGUGGUCCACCCUGCUGGACAAGGUGGCCAGCGGCAAGAGGCUGCCCGACAAGAAGUUGAUCGUCCUGGGCGGCUCCAUCGACUCGCAGCGCGACUUUGUCGACUCUCUGGCCCAACAGCAGCAACAGAAGACGACUCGCCCAAGGAAACCCGACCACAAGAAUGCUGCCCCUCCUCUCGCUACACGCUUCGGACUGGGAUAUACCUACCACAACCUCCUCGACACAGACCACGACGACAUGGUUGCUCGCUUGUCGCUAUACACCCUGAGCACUCCCGACAAGCAGUAUGCCCCUCUGCUCGCCCGUCUCCUUACUCCUCAAGCCAUUCCCAAUACUGCCGCUGUCAUCCUUCUCGAUUGGGCCAAACCAUGGCACUUUAUCCACACUCUACGCCAAUGGGUCCGUCUACUCAACCUCGUAACUUCCUCGCUCGAUGAACCUGCCCAAGUCGCUCUGCAAGAGAACAUGGCUGCCUCUCAACAACGCCGUCAUCGCGAUACUGCUACAAGUAUGACCGACAACCACACUCCUCUCCCUCUGGGUCCCGGCGAGCACGAUGAUCCGCUAGGCCUUCCCCUCCUAGUCGUCUGUCAGAAUGCUCAGCACAUUGAAUCUCUCGAGAAAGAGCGCGGCUACCGUGAAGCACACUUCGACUACAUCCUCCAAUUCCUACGGACAGUCCUGCUCAAACACGGUGCUGGCCUCGUCUACACCAUGCCCGCUCAGCCAGGCUCACUACAACCACUCGUCCACCACGCUUUAGACGUCAACACCUCACCAGACGGCCCACCAAAACACAACGUCGUCGACCGCGACAGAGUUCUCGUACCGCCAGGCUGGGACAGCUGGGGCAAGAUCCGCGUCUUGCGCGAAGGCUUCGACGUCGAAGGCAUCAGUCGAGCCUGGGGCGUCGAAAUCCAAGAUUUACCCUCAUCACCUCCUUCUCCAACUCUACCUUCCACGCCCGACGCCCAAACCUUAGGGGGAGCAGAACCCUCGCCUCCUUCGGAUCAAGACACUACGAUUUCCCUCUACGAACAACAGAUACAAAACCCACAUCCACCUGCUCCUUCACAGCCAAAGUUGGAAGUGGAAUGUACACCCGAUCAAACCUUUUUGGCCGCUCAAGCAGAAAGUCUAGAUCGCUAUCGCGCUGAAGACGAAGCAGCGAAGAAAGCUCGUGAAGCCCGUCGUGUGGCCAAUGCACCCAGCACACCAUCCCACUCAUCCGCCGAUGACUCAGGUGCUAGAGCAAUGGCUGAGCAUGUGGGCCCCGUUCAAUUCAACAUGGGAGGAAUCCAAUACGAUGCGGAUGAAGUGCUGAGACGUCUAAAGGUAUCUAAUCUUCCCUUUUACCGCUUUCCCGAAAACACGUUUACUGAUAUAAGAUGA